GAAAGAGCAAAUCAGAGUUCUGAUCGAGGCGAAUAAUCGCACUCAAGUGGAGGGCGGACAAGAUCCGACGAGGAAAAGAAAAGAGAAGAAAUAAAAAUCCGCGGGUCGUCGGCUGGCCCGAACUGGACACGACGGGCAAAGCGAAAGCACAGCGAGCGAGUUCGCGAGAGCAGCGGAAAGCUCGCGAGCGGGCCGAAGGCGGGGCCGCGGAGUGAACCAUCUCCCGCCUCUCGGCGUCGUUGAAUUGCGCCAACGUGUACGAAGAGUCCAGGACCGGCCCACGAAUCAGCAGCACACGAGGAUUGAGACACAGACAGAGGCGGAGAGAAAGAAUCAAAGAACCUCGUCCGCCUUCCGAGUCCAUCGUCGUCUGAGCCUCCGUCGCUUGUCCCGUGCAUUUGUCACUCGACGUUUCUGUCACUCCGCUCGCAGCACACCAGGCCACGCCGGGCCUCGUGGUAUCAGCAGCAGCAGGAUCAGCAGCGGGGAGAAGGACAAGUGCGGUUCUUGUGAGUCUCCGUUUCUACGCGAGAGGGGUGGAGAGUGCCAGAGUCGCUCUAGGGAUCGUCGAGACGUGGUUUUGAGCUGGAAGCACCUACUAGUGAAGUGUGUUAGUUCGGAGAGAAGAUAUUUGCAGAGGAUGAAAGAACUUCCAAAGUUUGUGAGCUCGCAAAUUGAAGUACUGCGACGGGAAUCAUACUGCUGUAAAGUCCAAUAACACCCGUGUCGGAGGGAGUUGUGAGAAGCAGGAAGUAUGUCGCGCGUUAUUUCUUGCGGAAGUAUUGAUAGGCUUGAAGUUGAAAAUUUCAAGUCUUACAAAGGUCACCAAGUAAUCGGACCUUUCAGAAACUUCACAGCAAUUAUCGGACCGAAUGGUGCCGGUAAGUCGAACCUUAUGGAUGCCAUUAGCUUCGUUCUCGGAGUCCGAUCAAUGCAGCUGCGAGGAGCGCAACUUAAGGAUCUCAUCUAUGCGUUUGAUGACCGUGAAAGAGAACAGAAGGGGAGAAAGGCCUUUGUCAAGCUUGUGUACCUGACAGGUGCGAAGGAAGAGCUCCACUUCACUAGGACGAUAACAAGCGCAGGAACAAGCGAGUACAGAAUUGACAACAGAACAGUAUCAUGGGAUGAUUACAAUGCGAAAAUGAAAUCUCUUGGCAUAUUAGUGAAGGCACGGAAUUUUCUUGUCUUCCAGGGGGACGUGGAAUCUAUCGCAUCAAAAAACCCGAAGGAACUCACUGCUCUUUUUGAGCAGAUAUCAGGUUCCGAAGAUUACAAAAAAGCUUAUGAAGAGUUGGAAGAGCAAAAAGCUCGCGCUGAAGAAAAUCAGGUCGGGAAGUACCAAAAGAAGCGAACUAUGGGUGCGGAAAGGAAACAGAAGAAGGAACAGAAAGAAGAGGCCGAGAAGCAUUUGAGAUUACAGGGCGAAUUGAAAGCUCUUAAGACAGAGUACUUCUUGUGGCAACUCUUUAGUAUUGAGAAGUCUAUUGAGACAACCAAAGCAGAACUUGAAGUGGACAACGAAAAUUUGAUGGAGCUGAGUAGAGCGCAAGAUAAGCUGGAAGGUGAGAUCAGGGAGAAGAAGAAGGAGCAAGCUGUAUACACCAAAGAAUCUCUUCUGUGUGAAAAGAAAAUGACUAAAAAGAAAUUCGAGCUAGACAAGAAGCAUCCAGAGAUUUUGAAGCUGAAGGAAGAAAUAACGAGGAUCAAGCAGAAAAUUAAGGCCUGUGAGAAAGAUCUUGAGAAGAAGAAGGAAGAGCAGAAGAAGCAAGGCAAGGAGAUUGCUAAGUUGCAGAGAGAUUUGCAGGAUGUGACUGCAUCCCUGGAUGAGCUCAACGAACAACAAGACAAGGAAGGAGGAAACCGUUUGCAUCUGGCUGAAAGCCAACUUCAUGAGUAUAACAGAAUAAAGGAAGAAGCAGGUGCCAGAACUGUGAAGCUCAAGCAGGACUUGGAAGUUCAUGAUCGUCAACAACAAGCUGAUGAAGAAGCCCAGAAGAAUCUUGAAGCGAAUUUACAACAACUAACAAACAGACAACAGCAGCUUGUGAACGAGGAAACUGAGGCUCAUGGUCGCAUGCGAAGGCUUUUGGAGUCUAUAUCGAAAAACAAUGCAGACCUUGUGCAAUCACAAUCCGAACUCAGUCAAAUGCAAGACAAGCAUCGCAAAUCAAAGACACGAUAUGAGAGCUUGAAAGCCAAAGUUGAUGAGCUGGAAGUCCAGCUCCGUGAGCUGAAAGCAGACAAACGCGAAAGCGAAAGGGAUGCCAAAGUAUCCGAAGCCGUUGAAAGUCUCAAGCGCCUGUUUCCUGGUGUUCAUGGACGAAUGACCGAUCUGUGCAGACCUACCCAAAAGAAGUAUAAUCUUGCCGUUACCGUAGCCAUGGGAAAAUUCAUGGAUGCUGUGAUUGUGGAGGAUGACAACACUGGUAAAGAGUGUAUCAAGUACUUGAAGGAGCAGCGAUUGCCACCACAAACCUUCAUACCGUUGCAGUCUGUUCGAGUGAAGCCCGUCCAAGAGAAGCUAAGGACGCUUGGGGGAACGGCAAAGUUGGUCUUUGACGUCAUUACUAUUGACCCAGCCUUGGAAAAGGCCCUGGUUUAUGCCGUCGGUAACACAUUGGUGUGUGAUGGGCUCGACGAGGCGAAAGCAUUAAGUUGGGGUCACGAGAGACAUAAGAUGGUAACUCUCGAUGGUAUUCUUCUGGCUAAAUCGGGUACAAUGACUGGUGGUGUAAGUGGAGGAAUGGAAGCUCGAUCACAAAAGUGGGAUGCUCGAGCUGUUGAAAGUCUCAAGAAGAAGAAAGAAACGUACGAGGCAGAGAUGGCAGAGCUGGGUUCUAUCAGAGAAAUGCAAAGCAAAGAGGCAGAUAUUGCAGGGCGGAUUUCCGGUUGUGAAAGGAAAAUGCACUACAGUGACAUUGAGAAGAAAGGGCUUGACCGGAAACUUAAAAUGCUAGCAGAAGAGCGCGUUACAAUGGAAAGGCAGAUAAACCAACUUACUCCCGAUAUUGAGCAGCUGCGGAUGGUCAUCGCUGAUAGAAGGAAGACGAUAGCGAAGCUAGAGACUCGCAUGAACGAGAUUGUCGACCGUAUAUACAAAGACUUCAGUGAAUCUGUUGGAGUUGCAAAUAUUCGCGAGUACGAAGAGAAUCAGCUGCGAGCCGCACAGGAGUUAGCUGAACGACGCAUGAGCCUCAACAGUCAAAUAGCCAAGAUACGAAAUCAAUUGCAGUACGAGCACAGACGUGAUACGGAGGCGCCGUUGAAGAAGUUGUCAGACACGCUGGUGGUACUACGUAACGAACUUGUUAGAGUCGAAACUGUGGAAUCAGAAUUCAAGGCAGCAACUGAUGAGACUGCUUCACAACUCGAAGAGCUAAAAAAAGAGCAACAAGAGUACAAGGUUAAAGCAGAUGAAAUAGAAGAGCAAAUUCAGGAGCUCAAGAAGCAAGGUAGCAACGACACAACCAAUUUGGGAAAGCUGAAGCGCCAAAUGACGGCAAAGGAAACUCAAAUAGAGCAGUUUAAUUCCAGGAAGCAAGAAAUACUGGAGAAUUGUGAGCUUGAUCAAAUUAGACUUCCUAUCGCCCAAGAUUUAGAUCCCAUGGAUAUCGAUUCUGCUCAGCCCAUUCUUUCCUUCGACUACUCACAGCUUAGUCGCUCACAUCAACAGGAAUUGAGACCAGCUGAAAAAGAGAAACUGGAGCAAGAGUUCAAGAGCAAGCUAGAGUCCAUCUCAGCUGAAAUCGAGAGGACAGCUCCAAACCUUAAGGCUUUGGAUCAGUAUGAAAGUCUACGGGAAAGAGAGAGAGAAUCAAUUGAGGAGUUUGAAGCAGCAAGGCGUGAGGCAAAAGAUAUUACGGACAAGUAUAACGGGGUGAAGCAUAAAAGGCAUGAGAAAUUUAUGGAUGCUUUCAACUACAUAUCAACGAAUAUAAACAAGAUUUACAAACAGCUGACGCAGAGCAACACACAUCCGCUUGGAGGAACAGCAUAUUUGAGUCUAGAGAACGAAGAUGAACCCUUCUUGCAUGGCAUAAAGUAUACUGCCAUGCCACCCACUAAAAGGUUUCGUGAUAUGGAGCAACUUUCUGGAGGUGAAAAAACUGUGGCAGCUUUAGCGCUCCUCUUCGCCAUUCACAGCUACCGUCCAUCGCCCUUCUUCGUGCUGGACGAAGUCGAUGCCGCUCUGGACAAUUUGAAUGUAGCAAAAGUAGCCGCCUACAUUCGGUCUAAAUCUAGAGACGACGUAAAAGGAAGUGACAGUUCGGGAAAAGGCAUGGGAUUCCAGAGCGUGGUGAUUUCCCUGAAGGAUACGUUCUAUGACAAAGCCGAUGCCUUAGUUGGAGUAUAUCGAGACUCGGAUCGCAGUUGUUCGAGGACCCUCACUUGGGAUUUGGAAAAAUUUGGCGGCUGAUUUAUGAGAAUGCAAUUUCAUGGCUGUUCAGUAAUUACCCACAAUUCUUAAACUUAGUUGUAUGUACACAGCUGUUCGUCACCGAUCUUCCAAAAUAUGUGGAACCAGCUUAUUCUAGGGACAGUGGGUAUUAUAGAAAUCUAUUGUACAUUUGAAUCUCCCCUUCUGUAUACAGUGCAAUUGUGCAGUCGUGCUCUCGUUAUUUCAAGCUCUGUACAUCAUUACUGCAUUUCAAAAGCUUGAUUUUGAGGAGAUGUUUAUAUGUUGAGCAGAUGUUCUUGCUGUACAGCAAGCUUCUUUUGUCUGGUACAUUCUU